UUGAAGGAAAAGUGAUGCAAAUCUAUCAAUGGUAGGCCACCAAGCUGGAUUAGUCUGUCCGAGCUCCAAUAAUACAUGGAGUAGAGUAGAAGGAUUUACUGCUUCAAAAGCUGAGUGGUGCCUCCUGUGUUCUUCAUUCUGUGGGUUAGCGAUGGCCAGACUGAGAGAGGCAGACAGAGCUCAGCAACAACAGCAGCAGCAACAACAGCAGCAGCAGCAGCCGCCCCAGCACCAGCUAAAGCCCAUGAACGGAGCUGAUCUUCAGCAUAACCACAGCCAGAUGAAGGACCACGACGCCAUUAAGCUGUUCAUUGGCCAGAUCCCACGGAACCUGGAGGAGAAUGAUCUGAAGCCCCUCUUUGAGGAAUUUGGGAAGAUAUACGAGUUAACUGUGCUGAAGGACCGAUUCACAGGCAUGCACAAAGGCUGUGCGUUCCUUACAUACUGUGCAAGAGAAUCUGCUAUCAAGGCACAGAAUGCAUUACAUGAGCAGAAGACACUGCCUGGGAUGAAUCGACCCAUUCAGGUGAAGCCAGCGGACAGCGAGAGCCGUGGAGAAGACAGAAAAUUAUUUGUGGGCAUGUUAAACAAGCAGCAAACAGAGGACGAUGUGUACAGACUCUUUGAAUCUUUCGGUGUCAUAGAGGAAUGCACAGUUCUACGAGGACCUGAUGGUAACAGUAAAGGUUGUGCAUUUGUGAAGUUCUCCACACACACUGAAGCCCAGGCGGCCAUUAACGCACUACACGGCAGUCAAACAAUGGCGGGUGCAUCCUCCAGCCUCGUGGUGAAGUUUGCUGAUACAGACAAGGAACGCACAUUGCGGCGCAUGCAGCACAUGGUGGGUCAGUUCGGGAUGUUCAACCCAAUACCCCUCCACUUUAACAACACCUACAGCUCUUACGCUCACGCGCUGAUGCAGCAACAGGCAGCAAUCAUGGCAGCCACCACGCACACCGGAUACUUAAACCCAACUGCCGCCUUUCCCACGGCACAGAUGCACCACAUGGCAGCCAUCAACCUGAACGGACUGGCAGCAGCGCCUCUCACACCCACAUCAGGAUUGUCCUCUCCCCCAGGAAUUGCAGCUCCUGCCGUGCCCAGUAUUGUAUCUCCGAUCGUGAAUGGCUAUACUGGACUGUCUGCCCAGCCCAAUGGACACCCUGCAGUGGAGGCCGUCUACACCAACGGAAUUCACCCAUACCCAGCUCAAAGUCCUUCUGCAGCCGACGCCUUGCAGCAGGCUUUCACAGGGGUGCAGCAGUACACAGCCAUGUAUCCGACAGCGAUUGCCCAGAUCAGUCAAGCGUUUCCUCAGCCACCGCCUGUCGUAACACAACAAAGAGAAGGACCAGAAGGCUGCAACCUUUUCAUUUACCACCUCCCGCAGGAGUUUGGAGACAGUGAGCUCAUGCAGAUGUUUCUGCCCUUUGGGUCUGUGAUCUCAUCAAAGGUUUUCAUGGACCGUGCCACCAAUCAGAGUAAAUGCUUUGGUUUUGUGAGUUUUGAUAACCCCACUAGUGCCCAGGCUGCUAUCCAGGCCAUGAAUGGUUUUCAGAUUGGUAUGAAGAGGUUAAAAGUCCAACUAAAACGGCCAAAGGACACCAGUCGCCCAUACUGACCGACUGUGAUUCAGGGCAUGAAUUUCUGAUUUUCCAGGGCAGAGACAGUGAGGAAUAUGAGCACGUACCUUUUGAGAUGGCUGUUUCUGAGAUACCAGUGCAGAGGGGGAGAGAUAACAGAAACACAAACUUCAAGAAAACAUUUAAAGAACCCUGAAAAUGUGAAAAUUCAUUGCAGCUAUUCAAGAAGGCUCAAUCGAUCUUACAAUAGCAACACACAUGAUGAAGAUGUGACGUAAUACAAAGUAGGGAAGGACAGCUGUCUUAAAGGUUGCAGAGGAAGCUGCUUUGGCGCAGUUCUGUGUCAUCGAGCACCCAGCCAGGUCUCCUAGGUGAUGGUUGCCAUGGCUGAGGGUUUUUGUGUGCGUGUGAGUGUGCGUGUGUGAGUGCGUGAGCGAAUGUGUGUGUGUAUAUGUGUGUGCGUGUGACUUGUGUGAAUCCAUAUGAUUGACAUGGUACCGCAGAACGUAUUGAGACUUUAGCUCUUAGACAUUCAGGGACCAAAUGGACCAAACAGAUUUUUUUUUAAUUUAUUAUUGGGGCCUGUAUAUGUAAUAUACGAGUUCAGCUUUCCUUAUCUAAUCUUGAGAGUUGAAACAUUGGGGAAAAAUAAGAGCUAAACUGUUUUAAACAAAAAAAAAUCAAUGCUUCAGUGGUCUUAGAAUAGUAUUAUACACUGGGAAAUUUAAACAAGGAGCAAAACAUAGUGGAAACUUUCCAGGGGUUAGUUUUAAGAAGAAAACAAAGACUAAAUUGUACCUUACACCUCAUGUCCUUCUUAGGAGAUGUGAUAGUACUGCAUGCAAAUGUGACCGAAAAUAUUAUACAUAUAGAUAUUCUGCUCCUUAUAUUUCUGAAGAGGUUGCUUUUAAAGGGAGAGAAAGAAAUUGAAGCCUGUUUGCUUUUUCACGGUGAAGGUGGGCUUUGUUUGACCAUUUGAGGACUUUUUAAUUGCCGCAGUGAUUGAAUUGAGUUGCCUCGUCUGACAGCUUUGUUCAACGGGUAAGCCUGGAAGAAUGUUGCUCUGAAAUCUGUGUUUUAAAGGAAAAAUAAGUGUCAAAAAAGCAAAAACCCUUGUAGUGUAGCUUUCCUUAAAAUUACAUUGUAAAUAAUCCCUGGAGUAACAGCACAUUAUUUCUGAUAACUGGCGAGGGUCUUUAUAAAUCCUCAGGCGUUAAGAUGUUUAUAUGUUACCAGAAGGUGGAGGAGGAUUUGGUCAGGGACAUUGGCACGGUGUCACUUCGCCAUGAGCUCAUUGCGUGAGGUAGGAUUCACAGCUGCCCACUGUUGAGUGCAGAGCCUCCCGAGGUCAAUCUUUGACCCACGUUUGGCACUACUGAGGCUUUCUACCCUUGUUGGAGCUGAGGGAAAUUCCUCCCCCUCCUGCCUUUCAUCUCCAAGUCCCCUACUAUAGGUUUUUUGAGGCUUUUGUGUCCUCUUUGUAAACUGCCCCUCCCGCCCAACACUGCCCCACCCCAGUCCUUAAUCAGCUAAUAGCACAAAGCCGCCCUUAACUUGAAACUAAUUGGUUGUUUCACAUAGACAUUAUUUCUGUACAUUUCACAAAUCUUGGAUUCCCAAAUUGCUUUUCUACUAUAUUGUACUGAAUCCCCUUCAAAAUGUGGCAGCCAAAUUAUUCAGCAGACUCCCACAGAAAACGUUCAUUUGCUUUGGCUGUUGACGGAGGGGUUAAUUUUGGUCAGAACACCAGAACUACCUUCCCAUCUCCUUCAGAAUGGUGCAAGAGUUUCAGUUCAACAAGUCAUCCGAUAUGGAGCAGUCCAACAGUGCAGCGCUCCCUCAGUAUUGCACAGGGCCUUCUGUUGUCUCGUCUCCAAAGCAGGACUUGAGCCCUGAGCCCUUCUGCUUCUGAGGUGGGAGUGCAGCCCACAAACCCACAGCCAAUAUCUGUUCCUGCAGUUGCUGGUUUGACAAUUCAGAGACAGUUCAGCACGGGAGUUGUUCUGAAUCCUUUUAAACUAUUGACACCACGGCCAAUGAGUUGGAGGUGGGGCAAAGGCAUAUGACCACACUUGGCAGACAAAGUCAAUUUAUUCAGAAAACAGUCUGAAGAGCAAACAGAAUCUACAGCACUUCUUCCAGUAAAAACUUGGUAAUUUCUCCAGAAAAAUGCAGAGAUGAUUUGUUCUCUGAAUUCUCCAGGACAAUCUGAAUUCUCCAGAAAAAUUACCUAUAAAUUAUUUGCAUAAAUUUAAUCUCGGUCACUUACUGCAGUGUGGUCACUGCGCUUAAUUCACAGGGAAAAUACCCAAUCACCUCCACUCUGCUUGGCUUUAGUAUUUUCACCAUUUUCGUUUUACUUUCCCUUCUUUGUGUAUCUCCAUUUUCUCUUUCUUAUUAAAUUCUCAGGGUGUUGGCAUCACUGGCAAGGACAGCAGUUAAUGCCAACUCCUAAUUGCUCUGGAGAAGAUGGUAGAGGGCUUCAUGAAUUGUUCCAGUCCUUGUGCUGAAGGUCAGAAUCAGAAUCAGGUUUAUUAUCACUGACUUAUAUGCCAUGAAAUUUAUUGUUCUGUGGCAGCAGUACAGUGUAAGAAUGUUUCUGCCUGGUUUUGAACCAGGGACCUUUCACGUGUUAGGCAAACAUGCUCCCACAGUUGUGUUAGGAUUCUAUGUGAGCAACCCCAGUCAUUGAAAAUGGGAAGAUAUGGCCUGCAAAUUGAUUUAAAAAUUCUUAUCCUUGUUUUGAUACCCCCAUGACAUCACCCCCUCUCAAACCUUCCUCCAGUUAAUUCCUCCAGUUCUAAACCUUUGCACACCUCCAUAUCUGGCCUCUGGUACAUCCCUGAUUUUAUUUGCUCCACUGGAGUCCAUCUUUCAGCCACCUGGGUUCUAAGCUGUGAAGUUCCUAUCUAAGCCUGACCUCUCACUCCUUUCUAACACUCCCAACCUGUUCGUAUAUAUCCUCUGUGACUCAGUGUCACACUUUGAUUCUGCUCCUGUGAAGCAGCUUGGGAUGUUUUGCUAUACUGAAGGUUCUACGUAAACGCAGGUUGUUGUUGCACCUGAGGCAGGCAACUAGGAUCACCUUACACUGGCAGGCUAUUGUUAAUUUUAACCAACAAAUCUGCGAUUUUAUUUUGAUUGCCUCUUAAAUAGUCUGGGGCGUGUUUGAGCAGAAGUGUGUCCGUAACCAGAAGCUUGAAUUGUUUGAGUGCCUAAGUUGUACGGAAUUAGUAUUGAAAGGGUAAGUUCCACCCUGGCCGUUACACAUACUUGCUAGUAUAAAAGGGACUGAGACUGGCUGGGAUGUAUUGACAACAAAGGCUGCGUUCCGGUCCCUUGUUAUUUUUGAGAAUUAAACCUCACACUGAAACACUGUUUUCCAAUGUGCGAUCCAGGAGGGAACCUUACUUUCCCAAACGUGCACAUUUCUCUCACUAUUUUGACCCAGACCAACCUCUCUGUAAAUAAAGGGAAAAUGUUUAUUUGUCUGCAUGAUGGACGGGUUUGUAUCCACAGUCUGAUCUGCAGAAAACAAAUAGCAGGGGAGGACUGUGACAUUCAUGCUGAUUCCCUCACUGUGUCCGAAAUUGUCGCAAAUCAGGCAUCAUGUUUGCAAUAGGUUUGCUUGAACGUGAUGUUGGGUACACAAGCAGCAGGUCACAAGUAGGCAGCUGGGAAACCUACUGAUGAACAACGAAGAACUUAAAAACAUCGACAGUCACCUCCAUCACUUUCAUCAACCUCAGUACUCACUGCAUUGGGAAUCAUCAGACAGACACUUAGAUUUUAAGCACAAUUAUGCUGCUCUAAUUAGGCACUUGAUGAUCUUGGGGGGCCAGCCCUAGCUGCAAUAGUUAUGAUCUGUACAUGUCGAGGGCAUGUCAGGGGUUAGCACUGCCCCACAACCCCAUCCACUCAUCACCCAGCUCUCUUGUGGUUGAGUAAGAGCAGCUGGGAGUUUCUUCUGGAACUGCUCCCACUAUGUUGCCAGCUGGAUGUCAGAAAGCCGAGUGGCUCCCUGACUCCUUCUCCCAAAAACUACAGUAACCACGAGAAGGACCAUUUCCAAGGACCUUCAGUAUUAGUAAUGCCAUGGGGCACUUGCAACAAUCCAGUCCACUUUAAAAAGACAAAAAAAUUCAGAGCAUUAAAAGCAAGGUUUGAUUUUCAAAUUCACAUUUUAGAGCCAUUCAGUGACAGAUACUCUUCGGAAACAUAAAUGCCCAGCCUCCUUUUGAGUUCAUAUAUGACCCCGGUUAGGGCAUCAAGAUGUAGUGGGAGGGUCACGCUACUUGGGUGGAAGCAGAAUGAAGGGCGAGAGGAAUGUAUGUCACUUUUGGAUGGAACUUUAUUCCCUUUUGCUGGCACUGAAUAAGAUCGCAGCUGUCUGUGGUAUUCCACUUCCGAAAACGGGUUCCACUGAAGCCAAUAGAAGCAAGUUUCUGAAGCGGACUUCAACGCCAGGAGAUGACAUAUAACGUCCUUGGUACUCCUGAUUGCGGACAAGUUUCUAGGCCUUAAUCUUAAUGGGACUAAGAGUGUUUGUCAGAGCAGACUGUUACAUGAUUAGGGGCUGGUCAUUUAAAACUGAGUUACAUAGAAAUUUCUUCUCUCAGUGGGUAAUGAAUCUCUGGAAUUCUCAGUCCCAGAGGGUGGUGGAGGCUAGAUCAUUAGAUAUAUUUAAAGUGGAGAUAGAUAAAUAUUUGAAUGACUGGGGAACUGAGGGCUAUGGGGAACUGGCAGGAAAGGAGUUGAGGCCAGCAUAGAUCAGCCAUGGUCAUAUCAAAUGGCAGGGCAGGCUUGAGGAGCCUGAUGACCUACAACUUUUCCUAGUUUCUGUGUUCUCGUGUUCACACUAUAUUGUGUGGAGGGAGGUGAUGUGCAGAGAUCCUGUGGAACAAUUUUUAAGGUUCUGCCCAGCGCAAAAACGACUGUUGCAAACCGGCUCACCCAUAAUUGCCAGAAUAGAUGUGGAAACAGGGCAGUUUCUAAAAUGGACACUUAACUUGCAUCAUCAGGUUUGAACUAUGGCUGCCAACCUGAAAUUGCAGCAUGCCGUGUUAAUGAAGGAUAAUCAAGGGUCAAGCAAACACGGGCCUGGUACAGCAUGGGUGAAGCCCCCUUCUGCUCUGUGUGGCCCUUUGCCACAGCCCAAGAAGGGAACGCCAACCCCUCCCAUGCCAAGCUAAAUGUGGAAUUCCUGUUCCCCCCCAAAACUGCUUUCCGUGUGACCUUGCGAAGUGAGAUUUCCAAUCCUAGUGCUAAAAAAGGUCUGUGGGGAACCAGGCGGAAUUUGAUUCAAUGUUUCGCUCCUUCCAGUUUGCAAACUGAGAAAGAGGAGGGUUUAAUGCCAUCUGCCUGGGCUAUAUUUGAGCUCAGCCGCUGGCCAAUUCAACACGGCGCCCUUUCUCCGUGAAACUGUCCAGAUAUUUUCAAUGUCCUCAGCAGAUUAAGCAGGGCAGGCUGAUGCUCCUGCCUAUUGGGAGUUCUCUGAAGACAACGCUGGAAAAUUCGGCUUUUCUGACAUUGUUUAUUGUUUACAAUUUAAAAUUGCUCGAAUACCAUUCCUGCAGAUGGAAGAUUGGUGGAGAUUUCACUUGUUCCAUUGAUCAAGGAACUCGAAACUGCGUCAUUCAAUUUGUAAUUAUCUGGAUAUUUUAACCUGAGUGAUGAAAGGUUCUGGUUAUUUCUGUACAUACUUUGACUUCUCUUUAUAAUUUAUAUAUUUAUUGUAAUGUUUUAGUUGCUGAAGAGCUUUAUUUAAUUGGUACUUCUUGGCUGUCCUUGACAAUGGUACAGUACUUUUUUUAUAUAUAAAUAUAUUUGAAUUAUUUGUAUAAUGUGUUAUCAUUUCCGUGUCACAUAUUCAUGACAGAUGAGGUUCUGAUAAAAAAAACAUAAGCAAAACAAUGCUCUAUUCACUCAGGCGGAC